AUGCCACUCCUACUAAACCUCAAGCUACACACCAGAUGGUCAAACAGACACGAGAAGAAGAACAAGAAAGAACAACAACAGCAGCAACAACAGCAACAGCAAGAAAACAAUCAUAACACUAACGAUACUCCAACCCAACUCAUCCCAUUCCCAUCCAACAACAAUCAGAGCACUCAUGGCACACCACCAAUCCUAUCACCCAGCUCAACCGAUUCAACCUACGACAUAUCAUCCAACCACUCACUCCUAACACCAGCAACUAACUCAUUCGGCAGUAUCACCCACAACCACCCCAUCAACCCAGAAUCACCCAGCCCACUCCCAGCUGAACUCACUAUAGCCAUCAUCCAUCCAACCCAAUCCAAACCAGAACAAAACAUCCAAGCGACCAUCGAAUCCAGAUUGGCAUCCACCGGCUUCAAGAUCCUCGACCAAAAAUCAGUCCACCUACAAUCAGCUCCAUCUCAUCUGUCCGAAAACAGUCUCAGUGGACUAACACCACUACCUGCAACUAACCUGAUCUACUUACUAUCACGAUCUAGGGCAAUCCAAGCAUGGAAAGAUCUAGUAGGAAUCCAACUCACCGACUUGCCCGCCAGACCGGGCUCACUAAGGUUCAUCUUCGGCACCAAGGCCGUCUGGGCUGCCGAUAAACCGGAGACCGUCUUCGAACUCAUCCACUUCUUCUGGCCAAACUCAAUCCACUUAGAUCACCCUCGAUUCACUCAACUCAAACAACAACCACAACUACAAUAUCAUCAUCAUCAUCAACAACAUCAUCAGCCCAUCAUCAUCUCCCCCCUCUCCCAGCAGAACACCAACAAUGACACUACUCGAGCACCCAAACGGGUCUUCAAAUUCAGCAGAUGUACCCCCCAACCCAGCAGACAGGCUGAACCGAGUGUCCAUCACUCGCAAAAGGCUUGUGUCGCCCAGGACGAACUACAAGAAGAAGAGGAAGACGAAGAAGACGAAGCAGAGGAUCAAGAAGAAUUCGAAGAACAGGAAGAGGGCGACGACGAGUACGACGACGAUCAGCCUGACCAAGCACUCUUGACAACCAACCAAGAUAGGCAACUCAAGCGUAUCACCCAAAUCCCUCGCCACACUCACCUAUCAACCUCCUCCCACACUCCUUCGCUUAUCUCUAACGAUUCCACCGGCUUCUCUUCUACUGUCAAUCAGGAAUCUGUCAUCCAAUCUUCUUCUUCCUUCGAAGCUCAUCACAAACAACAUCUUAGCGAAACCUCUACUCCUCUCUCUACACUCCAGCCUCCACCCAAUCACCUUUUUGACUCUCACUCCUCUUCUCACUCUUCCUUAUCAUCCACUCUGGCCUCGUCUCCUGCCGAUUCUAAUAUGCCAACCAAUAACAGACGAACCUCUAACGAUAAUUCUCCGCCGCGAUCGACGGUUGAUUCGGUAGGAUCGACAAAGACUGAAUCGCCCGCGGCGAACAAGAUGCAGGAUUCGGGAGGCUCGUACACGUUCCGCGCGCGGCCGAUUCCCUCGUCGGUGACGGAGCCGAUCCCGACGCCGAAGAUGUCCAAGGCGGCGAUGCUCCGACUGGGUUUAACCUGGACGCCCCCGGUGCGCCCGGCGCCGGGCUCGCAGAGCUCGACGACGACCAACAGUGCCUCCUCCACCCGCGCCCCCGUCCCACCCGUCGCGAGUCUCAACCCACCCGCCGUGGUCCCCCGAGCGACGAAGGCCUCCAACCUCCGCACCAAUGGUGACCAACCAGUCCCAGCCAGCUCUCAACCACCUAGACUCAAGAAGACUCACUCACAGAUCUUCGAGAAUACCCCCGGUCACGGCUUCAGAAGGGCCAAUCUUCAAACUAAUAUCGCCUCCAUCGCCCAGCCUAAAACCCAACCUAGACCGACCAAGGCUUCUGCACUCAGAACUGGUACUAACUUGCCCGACCAACCGGGCUCUCCUCCUGCUGCCCAUUCCUCGUCCGUUGCCAACAAUAACUAUCCUCAGAAUGGGAAUGUGAACGGCGUCAAGGCUACUGGCAAAGGUGUUAGGCAAUCAGUUGAUUAUUUUCAAGGUGUACCAGGGCACAAACGACAAGAGAAGAUCCAAGUGGAGGCCACUCGCCGACCAGAAUUCGAGCCCCGGAUGACCAAAGCUGCUAAACUAAGGAUGGCCGGAGGCGCAGCCACACCAAGCCCAAGCCCAACAACAACAACAACGACGGAAGCUCGAUCGAAAGCUACUCGCUCUAAACGUUCGCACACGUCGUCCGAUGCUGAUCCCAAAGCUCAUCGGCUCGAUCAGGAUGACAAUGUCUCGGAAGGCCUGGUCACCCAGGACUCGACGGACCUAUCUCUUUCUCUUUCUCACCCCUCCUCUUCUACCGCUCCUAUCCAGCUUUCUUCCAAACCACAAGGCAAUCCGUCUCCCCAAUCUAAUGGUGAUGACGACCUCAAUCAACGGUUUGGAAGCGUGCUAAUCCAUCACAAACUUUCUUAA